CUCCGGUUUCGCCGCCAUCUUAUGUCGCCUUUCUAUUGUUCAUAAUUGGAGUUAACAGAGGCGGCAUAGCGUUAUUGUGCGCAUUUUAUGAAUUCGAAGAGAAAUAAGAGGACAUUUUAUGAAGACAAGAACUGACCCAUAAUCAGAGACUGUCAUAGAAACUGACACGUGGAAUUUCUCUCAGGGUUCGGUCUUUUAUUCGAUCGGAAAAUAUGAUGGACGACGAACAGCCCAAGACUUUGUAUGUUGGAAACCUGUCCCGCGAUGUGACCGAGGCGCUGAUCAUGCAGCUCUUCGGUCAGAUAGGACCCUGCAAGAGCUGUAAAAUGAUUGUUGAUACGGCAGGUAAUGACCCAUACUGCUUUGUGGAGUUCUACGAGCAUAGGCAUGCUGCCGCCUCACUGGCCGCAAUGAAUGGACGUAAAAUAAUGGGUAAGGAGGUCAAGGUCAACUGGGCCACCACACCUAGCAGCCAGAAAAAAGACACAAGCAACCACUUCCAUGUCUUUGUGGGAGACCUCAGUCCAGAAAUCACCACCGAUGACAUCAAAGCUGCCUUUGCACCCUUUGGGAGGAUAUCUGAUGCUCGUGUGGUGAAAGAUAUGGCCACAGGGAAGUCUAAGGGCUACGGCUUUGUGUCCUUCUACAACAAAUGGGUGAGUGGCCCGGGGUCGAUUCAGCCCGCGUCUGUAUCUGAUUUUAGGUUUAAUUCAGUUCCUGGCAAUCCAGAAAGGCAAUUG